AUGCGCGUUCGACAAGAAUUCGAAGGAGAACGAAAAUUUUUAGGAGGAUGCAUUCACACUGUGGGUACUUACCGUGUUAUUAAUAUGAUAUAAUACUAACGCUCAGUAGCUAGGGAGAUGAAGCUCACGAUCCAUUCUCUGUAAAUAGUUGCUUCAUCUGCUGUAGACCACUGCAACAUCCCUCUACGGCAAAUUACCAAACCAGAAUUGAGCGGGAAGAACAAAUGUCCCGCAAAGAAUCUGUACUUAAGGUUCUGGAUCAACUGCAUCUCAAAGAAGCUGGCCUUAGAAAACUGAAGGAGAACCUUGAAAAAGAAAGGCGCAAGUUGUCUGAAGACGAGGCCCGGUUGAACGUGAAAGAGAGUGAGCUUUCUGCGUGGGAAAACUGGCUAGACCCUCAUUGUCGACAUGUGUUUGAUAGUACUUCGACCUUUUCUCAGAACCCUCAUUCCCAUAGGAGGGCGCCAAACUAUGGCGGGGGAUCCCACUCUGACGGUCACAAAUCACCUCAAUUGUUUGCGAGACCUCGUUUCAACAGUUUCAAGCCUCCUCAAUUGGUUUUCAGACACCGCCCCGACAGUCAAAAUUCGACUCGACGAGUCUUACGUGCGACACUUCCAGAGCAACGGCCAAGUCAUCACAGACAGUAUGAUGGGGAUGAUGCUCCACGCCACGAUGGCUUUCAUCAUAGUCAACCAGGCCAUAAAACACCAGAACAUCACACCAAUAUGUGA